AUGGUAAGAAAAUUAUUAAUUUUAAAAGUCAAUGAUGAUGUAAACACAGUUCAAAAUAUUGAAACUACCAAAGAUGGUGUUGUUAUUCUCAACUAUGAAGAUUUAAUUAAUGGUAAAGAUUUAACAGACUCAAUUGAAAAGGCCUAUGGUUUCUUAGGCUAUGGUUUAUUAGUAGUCAAAGGUAUUCCAGAAAUUGUCCAAUUAAGAGAAAAACUUUUAAAUCUUGCACCAAGAUACUCUGCUCUUCCAGAAGAAAUUAAAGAAAAAACUGUCCAUAAACAAAGUAAUUUUUCAUUUGGUUGGAGUCAUGGUAAAGAAAUUUUAAGACCAGGCGUUUUUGAUACUAAUUUUCAUGUGAUAUUAGAUCAAUACAAAGGUUCAUAUUAUAAUAAUCCACAAUAUGACACACCAUUCGAAGAUAAAAAAAUGAUUGAGGAAUUCCCAGAAUCAUGCCACCCAAAUAUUUGGCCAGUUGAAGAUUUCCCAGAAAUGAGAGAUGCAUUUAUGGAAUUAGGUCAAACUAUUGUCAAUGUUGGUCAAUUAGUCGCUGAACAAUGCGAUAAAUAUGCAGUUAAAAAUCUUGAAGGUUAUUCGCCAGAUACAUUAAAGAAUAUUAUUAAAGAAUCAUUAACAUGUAAAGCUCGUCUCCUUUAUUAUUUCCCAAUUAAUGAAGACGAUACACAAAGAACUCGUGACAGUUGGUGCGGAUGGCACAAUGAUCACUCAUCAUUAACUGGUCUUUGUCCAGCCAUGUAUUUCAACAUGAGUGAAGAUGGCAAACAAGUUUUAACCAGUGAUGUACCAUGUCCAGAUAUGGAAGCAGGUCUCUAUGCCAAAUCACGUGAUGACAAAGAAGUUAAAAUUGCAAUUCCAAAAGAUUGCAUCGCCUAUCAAAUUGGUGAAUGUUCACAAAUUCAAACUGGUGGUAUUUUAAGAGCCACCCCACAUGCUGUUCAAGCUAUCAAAUAUCCAGAAUCUAAAAAUAUUGGUCGUGGAACUUUUGCCGUUUUCAUGCAACCAAAUGUUGAUGUUGUUCUCAACACUCCAAAAGGUAAAGAUAAUUGUCAUGUUGGUCAAUAUAAAGCAGGUAUGAACUUUGCCGAAUUUAGUAAAGUUACAAUCGAAAACUAUUACUCUGAAUAA